UUAAAAAAAUUACAAUCAUAUUUCGUGGAUAUGUGUAAAACAUCACUCCCUAAAUUUUUACUUAAAUUAAAUUUCUGCUUCCUAAAAAUAAAAGUUAGACCCCUAAAGAAUUCAGCUAUCUGCCAUGGAGAUUAAUGGCGUUCAUCAAGAUCUAACGGCGGAUGGAAAACCUUUUACAGUCGACGGGUUUUUGAAGAAAGUCCUGACAGUAGAAUUGGGAGGCUAUGACGACGAUAUCAGCGCUCCCAAACUGUUUGCCGUUGCUCUCCAUGCCGUCUUUCUCGAAUCCGGGUUUGUACCGUUUAAUAUGAAAUCCAAGAAACUAGGGUUAGGUUUCGCUAUCCAGAAUGAAAAUUGGCGGAAGAAUUCCAGCGAAUUCACGCUUUCUUACACUGUUCCGGCUGUAUUGAAUCGGGUUUCAUGGUUCGGAGAUGCAGUUAUUCAGCUCAAGUUUAUCUUUUCCCAAUCUGCUUUGAAUGUUUCCGGAUCUCGUGUAUUCUGGCCUCCAAAGCAUUCUGUUUCCCUAAACCUUCCCGAAUUAGCCCCGUUCUUGAAAAUAACCUGGUCCAAUUUCAGAUUUGAUGAUGAAAUUAUGGUUUCCACAGCUAGGGAAGUCUUGAACUUUUGGAAUGUCACCAAGGAUAAACUUGUUUCGCCAUUGUUAAUUGACCUGUGCACCAAAUCAGGUCUGUCCCAUCCGGCUACUUUCCAGAUGUUGCCAGAUGCUCUCAAGGUGGAGAUUUUAAGGUUACUCCCUCAAAAGGAUGCUGCAAGAAUGGGAUGUGUAUCUAAAGAAUUCCGGUCCUUAAUGUGCAACGAUCCGUAUAUGAAAAAGCAUUUGAUCAAGAAUAGCCAUAAAAGAAUAUCGAAGAAGUCUGAUGGAAUCACAAGCAAGAGAGCUUUUCUUCAUCCCUGUGAGAAGAGUAAUGCAAUAUCAAAGAAGUCAGAUGGAAUCACAAGCAGGAGAGCUUUUCUUCAUCCCUAUGAGAAGAUUAAUACAUCUCAAAGGUAUCCUCGUAAUCUAAGAAUUGAUGGUAUUGCACCAAAAAUAUAUUUUAGGUGGCCAUGACAAGUUUAUCUAAACAAUUUGUCUCUGUGUAAUAUUUGUAUUUUGAUUCUUCUAUUUAGUUGUCUACAUUUCCAUCAUCUCCGAUGGAGCCAAAAUUUCACCAUUUUUUGGCUUUGGGGUGUGAUGGAAUAAAUCAAAAUGGAUUUCUAUUAAUGAAGUAGCAGUUAGUCAAGCAAUGCAACUUUCGACGUUGAGCCGGGGUCUCUUUGGAAACAGCCUCUCUACUUUCGAGUAGGGGUAAGGUCUGCGU